CACUGUGUGAGUGUGCGGUGAAGUGCCUUGCAGCUCUCGCUCCACACCUCUCUGAAACAAAACUUCGUGAAAAUAUGUUAUAUGACCCGAGACCCUUGAAAGACGGGGAAGGUGGCCCUCUCACUCGACCUUAAAUCUCUUAUAGGACGAGACCUUAGUUGCAGGAUGAGCACCCGACAACAGCUGUCGUGGAGGGCCCGCCAGAGAGGCCAGCGGCUGAGAGAAGGAAGCCGUCGGGCCGCCGUCACUUGCUGGGGCGAUUUUGUCAACCCGAAACUAGUACCGAUCAAGCUCACCUUCUUCAUCAUUAUGGGCGCGACGCAAUGCGUGGCGCCCUUCACCACGCUGCUGCUAAGGGCAUUGGGGUUGACGCUCCAAGAGACCGGGUUCGUCUUCACCAUUGGUCCAAUUAUUCCGGUUUUCGCCCCGCUGGUCGCCGGAGUUAUAGCUGACAAGAUCGGCAACUUCAGAUGUAUUCUGGUGUUUACUGUGGCGCUUAGUGGCUUCGUGUCCCUAAUCUACCUGGCUGUCCCUCCAGCUCGUACCACACCCAACUACUCCAACACGGUCUCCUUCAGCCUCACCUGCGAUUCGGAAUUCGUUCUCACACCAAACGCACCCAAGAAGGAUAAGAACAAUUGUGACUUCUUCAACAAAACUCUUACUAUUUCUUCGGUGGAAGCCAAAGACUGUGGCUACCUGUGUCCAGAACCAGCAAUUGAAUAUCCUGCAAAUCUGCUUAAAACUAUGAAGAAAGCCAAGCUGCUACUAGCAGUUAACCCUUUGUUGCAUCACAUGUGCAAAAUCCAAAACAGCAAAGACGACGUGCAGCAGACGCAGAAAUGCUUCAGGAAGAACCUCAACAAGACCUUGAGCUAUGAAAAUAUGCCCAAAUCAUUUAUGAUCCACAACCUAAGGUUACAUCUCUCAGAAAUCGACCGCGAUAAACCUAAGAUUCCGGUUGUCAAUUUCACAAUGUCUGCCGAAGAACUCCGUAGCUUCGAGUGCCUCAAAGGCCGUAUUCCCAAGAAAGUUUCCGUUCCGAAGAUCACCAUACAAGAAGACUCUCCAGAUUUUAUAGAGAUCAAAGCCGCGGUCGAUUGUCUUUUCCACUGUCAAGUGACUGUUCCCCAUAACAAAACCUGUGUAGAGCGACCACAUAGUAUAGUACAUAACGUGGCACUGAGUUUUUGGCUUUUUGUCACCGCCAAUGUACUGAGCAAGCUCUUCAUUGGGCUGACGUACACGCUGUUUGAGGUGGCCGUAGUGGCCAUACUUAAGGAGUAUGGCUAUGACUACGGACUGCAAAGGAUCUACGGCUCGAUUGGCGGAAUGGUCUUCGCCCCGCUCACAGGCUUCUUUAUCGACCACUUUGGCAAAGGUGGCCACUAUACUGAUUAUUACGUGAUGUUCAUACUGUACUGUGGCCUGAAGGUACUCUGUGCUUUCCUCUUGAUGAAGGUGGACCUGCGCUUCAAAGUGCCAUCCAGGAGCAUCUGUAAGGACAUAGGCAGCCUCUUCAGGAACCUCGAGGUGAUCAUGCUUUUGGGUGUCGUCUUUAUCUCAGGUAUGUGCUACGGUUUCAUUGAGAACUUCCUGCCGUGGCACCUGCGAGACCUAGGAGCCACGAACUGGUUCAUUGGCCUUCUCACGACCAUCGCUUCAAUCGCAGCACUGCCCUUCCUGGCUUGCUCCGGCGCCAUCUGCAAGAAGUUUGGCAACUUCCAGGCCAUAGCUUUUGGUCUCGUCUGCUACUCCAUCCGUUGUAUUGGUUACUCACUCAUCAAGGACUACUAUUGGUGUGCGCCUUUUGAACUGCUGGAAGGAGUCACUACAGGUCUUCUUGUCACCGCCGCUAUCAUUUACGGGGCCCAGCUGUCUUCCAAGACAAAUCUGGCGACCUUGCAGGGUGUGUUGGCUACCCUCCACUACGGCCUUGGUAAAAGUGCUGGUAGUUUGCUUGGGGGAUACCUCAUGUCAAACCUUAAAGCACCUUUUACUUUCCAAGUAUUUAGUGGCAUCUCUCUGAUAUCUGCCUUCUGUUACUACUUACUUGGGAAGCUGAUCAUCAUGCCAAGACAAGCCAUAGUCUUAAAACGGCGACAAGAAAUCAUGGCCAUGCCUAUUGAGACUAUAUCUCGCAGGGACCACAAGAAGUUGAGCGAUCUUAAAAAUAUAACAAAGGGCAGCGACAAAUUACCUAAGGAUCAACAAAGAGGACGGUCUCCCCUACCUAUUAUAGAAAACGCACAGGUUCACAUGGGAGAAAAUGGAAAUCUGGACGAAACGCAGAUGACAGACUUGCCUGCUGACGAUACCAUGAUAUCCUUAGACGAGACUUUUGUGGAGAAUGAUGCAGAGAAGAAGGAACAAAAUUAAGUCUAAUGUUAUCCAACGUGUUCUAUAACAUUUAUCUUAAUACAUUUUCUCAUUAUAGUAUUAUGGAUGUGUGUCUGAGUGUCAUAAUUUUUAAGAAUAGCCGGAGCUGCUAAAAUAUUAUAUUUUAUGAAAAUUAAGGUAUAUUUACCUGGGGCCAGAUUCAACAAGCAGUUACGCAACUACUUACGAACGUGUAUAUCUUUCCUCAAUCUUUAACGGCUUUGGUUACAUU